AUCUUAUCAUUUAGACUACAAAGUUUUUCUUUGUGUUUAAGCAGCUGCAAGCUUAAAUAAUUGUGCUUUGUGUUUGGAUACCAAUAACGGGAUGUUCCUUGUCUUUUGUGACUCAUGGGUUGCGAAUUAACACCAUAUUUUAUUGAGGACAGAACUUUCUUUCUGACCAGAAUUUAAACCGAGUGAAGUUUUGCAGCACAGUCAGUGUGCAGAUCGGCAGUGGCAGUGCAGUGGGAGUAUUCUGAUGCCAGGCAUUGCCAUAUUGGCAGUGGAGUAAAUUUACAGUGGAAGGAUUUCAACUGGGCGUAAUUGGAUCUUACUCGAUUUUCAAAGAAAGCUAUGAUAUUAUAGUGAAUUGCAUUCAUAAGAUUGUGUCUGAGGAAUAAUUUCGCCACGCCAGUGGCAUUUUGCAAAUGCAAUGGGUUAUGUCUUCUCCAAGAUCUGGAGUCUAUUCAACAAUGAAGAACACAAGGUGAUCAUUGUGGGCCUGGAUAAUGCAGGCAAAACAACCAUUCUAUAUCAAAUUCUUAUGAACGAGGUAGUGCACACGUCGCCCACCAUCGGUAGCAAUGUAGAAGAAGUCACAUGGAAAAACAUACACUUCUUAAUGUGGGACAUAGGAGGGCAGGACUCACUGCGAACGGCAUGGAGCACGUAUUAUGCAGGCACUCAGUUCAUCAUUUUAGUGAUUGACAGCACAGACAGAGAAAGGUUACACAUAAGCAAAGCAGAACUAUAUCAGAUGUUAGCAAAUGAGGACCUCAGGCAUGCCGCUGUCCUCCUGUACGCAAACAAACAAGACCUCAAGGGAUCCAUGUCGUCGGCAGAGAUCUCCCAGCAGCUCAACCUUACAUCGGUCAAAGACCAUGAGUGGCAUAUACAGGCCUGCUGUGCUCUUACUGGGGAGGGAUUAUAUCAAGGCUUAGAAUGGAUCGCCAAUCAGAUCAGGAGGUGACAUAGGUUUCUAUUCCGUCUCUCGUUCUGUCUCUUCAUUGUCCUCCAAUCUCAGUCUCUUUUUGAUAUCCCAGGAGUAGCUAGUAGAAGAGCCUUAUAUAGUUCUACUCAAACUCACAGCCGUGUGGACAUGCUAUCAAGCCUGUUUGCAAGCAGGAAACGUUUCCAACAUCUCUGACUGUGGACAUAUCGCUGGAUAACCCAAGAGUAAGAAUGUAACUGAAGAGCAUUCAACCAGCACCUUUGCACACAAAAUGAUUUUCAACUACAGGUCUCUGUUAAGAACGACUACCCCAUCAAAUAGCAGAAUGUCCACACUGUUUCAAUAUGGAGUUGUACACUCUGCCACAUAAAAGAGACCACACUCUAUAAAGGGGCUGCGCACCGCUCCAGGAGUUUUUGUACUGCCCCACAAAUAGCCGAGUGUGUUUUCCAGGGACUGUACACACUGUUUGAAUGUUGAGUUGUACUCUGUGUCCUGCAAUAGAGAACACACUCUAAGAAGGGGUUGCACACCACUCAAGUUUGAAUUUUUCAUACCACCCCACAAAUAGCCGAGUGUGUUGUCAGAAGACUGUCCACACUGUUGAACAUUGCGUUGUGCACCAUGCUCCUGCCAGAUAGAAUACACUCUAACAAGGGGCUGAGCACCACUCCCGGAGUUUUCAUAGCAGUGAGAGUGCACCUCACGAUUGGAUACCAACAGUAUCAGCGUGGAGACCUUCUGCUUGUCUCAGGAAUUGUGCUUGGAUUAUGUGAGUGUAAGAAGGACUCAUCAGUCAUCUUCUAACAAAAGACAGAGUACAUGUAUUAGUAAAGAUGUAUCGGUUACGUGCCACUUUUUCUGCACAUGUAUGUUGAAAUUUUACUCGCAAAAUGAAUAUUUAAUCUCGCCACUAUACAUGUAUGCAAAUUGGACUCAUCUAUCACCUAUAAUAUUUCAAUAAACUAUGUAUAUGUGCCUGUUUGGCAAACAGAUUCAUCUGAAAAUAGUCAUUCUCACAAUUUCAGACUACUGUAUUAGCUGAUAUUUUUGCAGUGAUUUUAUUUUCAGGGAAUUUGCAAGUCAUCUCCUUUGAUAUAAUUAUUGCUGUUCCAGCAUACAAAAAUCAAAAUUUGGAAUUUGCCUCUUCUAAGUCAAAUUUCGCCACUACAGAUUUCUGAAAUCCCUGACUUUAAUCUACAGGUAGAUUCACCUUUUGUGGAAGAAGAAAUUUGAGCAAACUUUGAAUGUGCAAAUUUACUGAAAUUAAAACCACAGCAAAUGCUUCAGCUUAAACAGUACCGUAAAUGUAGCAUGAAUGCAAAACUCUGUCAUUAAUGAUUUUAUGCAUAAAUAUGCCAUCAUUGAACAUUGUAUUGUUGCACAAAAUAUAGCAAUUGAAAAUUGCUCGGAAGUGCCAUUUAACAUCACAAUCCUCACAACAGUUUAGUAAGUGUAAAUACAAUUCAUAAAUGAUUGCAAUCUCUGUGUCUAUUUGCAUACAAGGUCAAAGGUCAUUUGAAAGGUAGUGUAUAUGGUCGCCUGCCUGGCAGUAGGACAUUAAAGGGAUCGUUUAACUUUGUGAGCAGCUGAUUUAAAAAAUUCUCAAACUGAGACGAAACAUGUGUAUGAGUGCCUGUAUUUGUCCUCAAAAACCCUGAAACAGACCACAAUAUAGGAUGAAAAACUCUAAUUUAGAUACAAGUAGCAAUUUAUUAGCUUGAUUUUGAGAACCGUCUAGUAGAUGGGUUCCAGCUUAUGACCAGUUU